GGCUCAAACUGCGUCACCUAUCCCGGUUGGAGUUGUGUACUCUUUCAACGACACAGUCAAAGUCUACGAUUUUCUGUUCCAGUAAGUCUGCGGAGAAACCUUGAGAAUCGCUCCUUCAGAUGCGACAACUUAACGCGGUUUAAGGAGUCGGGAUCCCAGUUUCACAAGAAGCUGGAAUCAACUUUUCUGCCUUAAAAAAAAUCGAUUAAAAGGAACGGAUCGGUUGUGUCUUCGAAACUCCAAGAUCCGAACCGCGAUCGAAAAGGAUAUUAUUGCAGUACUUACCAUUUUUAAAUGCUUGGAUUACAGAUUUUGAGGGUUAUCGGUUAUUUGAGGGUUUAUUAAUCGGGUGCAUCAAGUAGAUUGGAAUAUUGAAGCAAGUAUUGGCAAAGAGCAGCUGCAAUGGAAGAUAAUAUGAGACUUCAUGAACUGUAAUUUGUGACAAGUUGGUUUUGCCAAUUCUGCAUUGUGGUUGGAUCAAAGGCUGAACCUUUGCUUUUAUCUGCAUUAAGAAUUGAUUGAGUUUUUUUGGAACAUAUCUGAAGACCAAAAUCUCUUGAUCAUCGAGGAUUUAAGUACCAGAAUUCCAGUAUACUUGUGUUGUGAUCCCUUUAAAUUUGGAAGAUGCCGAUCCUAAAACAGCUUGUGGCCAGCUCCAAUCAGUCCAAACGGCGGUCUCGCAUAGACUUGACUGCAGAUAUGAUCAGUGCUCCUCUUGGUGAUUUCCGUCACACUAUGCACGUGGGUCGUGGGGGUGAUGUCUUUGGCGACACUUCAUUCCUAUCUAGCAAGGUUGGAGCUGCUGCUGCUGCUCCUCCUCCUGCUGAAGCAACCCCCAAACCAGGGCUUCUGUCUCGGAAAUUCAGAAGCAGCAGCAAACGGUCUCAGUCUGUAACGCGUGUUGAUAAGCGAGACACACUAACACAAAGUGAUUCAGCUAUCUUUGUGAAAAAUGCUGUGUCUUUGCCUCAGCUCAAUGAUAAAACUGUGGAGCCCACUAAUCAGAUGGCAAAGAGUCUUUCAUCAAGCCCCCUAAAGAAGCUUGGAAGCGAACAAAUGGAAGAUAAACCUGUCAAUGGGGCUGUAAGCAUAACUGAAAGUAAAUCUACUGAAUAUCAAGAUGAGCGAGAUUUUGGAGAUAUUACGGACCUUCCUACAUCUCUCUCCAGUGGUGGCUUUCCACUAAAGCAUGCUGAAUCCAUCAUGUCAUUUCAUGUUGAUCUUGGCCCUUCGAUGCUUGGUGAUAUUUUAAGUGUUAUGGAGAAAGAUACUUGGGAAAAUGAUAUUGAUCUUGGCUUUGGAGAUGACAAAGAAGUACCCCAUUCAAAUUCACAAAAGGUGGUCACAGAGAAGUUUGUAGAGGGGCCUGCAGUAUCAACAGUGGCAUUGCAAAGUAACAUUAAUAAUGUUGUAUACAGCACAGCAUCUGGAAGUCACUUAUCACAAGAUAGUGGCUCUGUGUCAAGUUUGGCAUCUGGGGCUACAGAAGAGAGGCGAUCAGUUUAUGAGGGAGUUAGUCAUGGAGAUGUAGACAGUAUGAAAAAUAUUGCUGAAUCCAGAGAUGCCUUCAGAGAGGAAGAGAAUGAAGGAGAUGAGGAUUUUACCUUCAUGGAUGAAGAGGAUGAAAUCCGUGUGUAGAAUUGCCCUUUGUGGAAUAUUUGCUUUUUUUAAGGAUUUGGAGAGCAAGAUGAAUUUGUCUGUCCUAGAAUUUACAGCAUUAAUGAAUUAUGGCAGGAUUGCACUAGACUCAUACACUAUAAACUCAAAAUAAGUUCUGUAAAGGCUGUAACCAAAAUUCUUCAAUCCACAUAGGCCAGCAACAUCUGCAGUUACUUGUGGCGACUCACUGCUUAUGUUUUAUUCAACCAGAGUUAACUGUGUAUUAUGCACAGGUUUGUGCUACCUUUAUAUAAAAAAAGUACAUUCUGUUAUUGAUCUCAUCUUAAUUUUUGACUGUUUAUUAAGAGGCCAAAAGGACUUUCUUCAGAAGAUGUGGCUUGUCUACUUCCUGUUUCAAUAUUCGGCCUUGUAUUUAGAAACUUUAGUUUUAAGGUGCCCCACUACUAAAUUUCAGUUGUUUACUUUUUCCUCCCUCCUGCUGUUCUUCUAGAUGUUCAUUUGACAAGUUUAGAACAAAGCUUUUCAGUAUAUGCACACAGUCUUCUGUGAUGCAUCAAACCUUCACCUGAGAUAGCUGAGUUUCACCAACUCUUUGGGCACUAAUUUAUUUUCACAGGUUAAGAUGUGGAUUGCAGUUUCUUUACUCAUCACCUCUUCAGUAACAUUUCUGAAAUAGUAUAUAGAAACAUAGAAUAUUCCAAUUUUUCAAUAUUAUAACAAUCUUGAACAUUAAAAUAGGCCACAUUGUUAUAGAAUACUAAUAUCCUUAAUGCUUCUAAAUGUUCUCUCAUCUGUUUCAAUGAAAAGCAGUUAUGACAUAAUAGCACAAUGGUCUUUGAUACACAGAGUAGUAGUGAUGUGUUUGAGACUGUCAUUGAAACCUGCCAGGCCAAGGUGUGAUGACCACUCUCUGCCUAGUUGAUCACAUGCUAAUCCACUUUCAUUUCAUUAAGUGGGGACUGAGCUUGAAUUGAUCCUAAUAUUGCAACAGUGAUUAUCCUUCAAAAGUAUUUCACUGGCUGCAAAGCAGUUUGGGGCAUCAUGAGGUCAUGAAAGGUGCUUUAGAAAUGAAAGUUUAUGUUAUGUUCAGAAUGAUGAGAACCAGGUUCUAAGGCAUUAUCCACCUACAUUAAACUAUCGAGUCUUCGAGUCUUUCUAAGACUUGACUGCUUUUCAUUCCAAUUUUUUGUUAAAUGAGUGCAAUAAUACGUAGAAUAUUUGUGCAUUUCCUUCACCCUACUGUUGCCAUCUUUCCCCUCAACACUGGUCUUCAUCAUCAAACCCCCCCCCCGCUUUCAAAAGAAUACUUUUACAAGGCACGUUGCAUGUAUUCCACAGUUACAAUAGAGUUGGGGAGUGGGAGUGAGUGGGGGGUUUACAUCCAAAGGAACAGGUCAACACACCAGCCAACUAGCUGGCUCCUAAGCUUAAAGUCUAAGGUUUCGGGUAGCAAAAGAGAGAGAGAGAUUUUUAAUUCUCCUUUUACCAAGACACAGAUUGGGUUAAGAUUUUAGUGUGCUUUCUUGGACAAGUGAACGCCUAUCAAGACCAUGGACAUGCAAGCUCUUACCUCAGUAUGCCAUAAAGAAAAGGCAUCCUGUUUCAAAAUCUUUGAGGUGAAGGGUGAAUAUUCUGCUCUAUGUAUGCACAUAGAAUAAAAUUGUCUUGCAUAGGUAACCUUAAAUUUGUACCUGCAAUAAUGUCUUGAUUUGUUGUGCACUCUUAAUUGUAGGCAGAUUGUAUUCACAAAUUCAAUACUGGUUGUCAAUUGAAGUGUAGUAUUAUGUAUAAUUCAUUGUAUUAAUAUACAAAUUAAGUAGCUGAAAAGUCUCAAGGUAAAGGACAAAUAUGCAACAGCUAAAUUUAGUAAUGCAGCCAUUGUGUUACAUUUACAAAUGCAUGUUUUGGAACAAAAGCCUCAGAUGCAAAAUGGCAGUAACUGUAUUAACAUAAUCCAGCAAUGCAAAAGAAAAGCUGUUUUCCUCCAAGGAGCAUUUUACUUUACUGACUGUCAAUUGGAAAGGGUUGAAAUUAAAGCAAACUGUUUCUAUAGAAAAGAACACUACUAGUCAAUAAUUCAUCAACAAUUCCAAUUUUUCACAUUUUAAUAAAUUAAUCGCAGUUCGCACCAAAACAUUUCUGCCAAUACUGGAGCCCCACCCCUUAUUCCUCCAUUCUCCGAAUGGUAGCAUUUGAAAAUAGGGAUGUGGCACUUAACAUUCUGUUCCCACCAGCGUCUAACACACUACAAUUUUUUAGUGGGCCAAGAAACUGGAAAGUAAGUAAGCAGUGCUCCCUUAAAACAUGCCGCUUUACUUUAAUAUAUACAAAUUGGGGUCCUAUGAUUUACAAUUGAGUUUCCAUUGGGCACAGUGCAGAACUGUACCUAGUGUGACUUAACUGGUAGUGUUCAUAGGACCUGCUGGGUGCUGCUACCAAAACACUAACAAUUAUGCCUUCAAAAGAAGCGUGCAUGAAUGCUUCUAGCCCACAAAAAUCAUUUGACUUGAUUCUACUGCAGGUGUGGUUAUACUUUCUAGGCACCAGCCCCACCUGAUAACAUGACCCUACCAGUGCAACUCCAAGGGCCAGCUGCUGGAGAUGGUUUAGGCCAAUUACUGGAAGGGCAUCCAAUCUCAAUGCCCAACUUCCACAUAUUUUCUACCUACAAUGUAAAUUAGGUUUGGAAGUGAAUAAUGCAAACUGCAUAAGCAACUGAAGGAUUAUUUGAAUACAAAAUUACAUGACUAUUAUUAUCAAUGUUGAGCAGAGAAAAAGUGUUGUAAAGGAGCAUGUUAUGGAGUUAGAUUUUUUGACAAAUUCUUUAUCUCCAGUUUCUUAUGCUAGUUUAAGGUGAUGAAUUAGGCCAAAUCAUCCACCUAUGGGCAAUGCUAGUAUCUAUUCUUUCUUUAUAGAAAUGAAGAAUUAAAUGUUUGCUCUAUUGUAAAAUUAAAUGUUUUGAUUCCCUUUUUUAAAUGACUUCAAUCUUAUCGCCCUACUUCCCCAUAACUCUUCAACAUUAAUAUUGUAUGUAAAACACAAAUUUGAAUACUUUCAAAGGCAGGAAUUAGAAUAGUGCCUUGUGAUAUUAAUUUUCUUCAGUUUUUUCAUAUUACAGAUUAAUUCAGUAUGGAUUAAGAACAGAAUUUUCUUUUAAAAAUGGACAAGAGUAGCUGCGUUUUUCAGGAAUGUGUUCCUGUUGCUGGUGUUGCACAAUAUGUUGCUUUACAGCCUAAUUUUUUAAUUUGAAAAUUUAUACUAUUAUUUGGUGAUCGGUGGUGGCUCCUACCAUGAAUGCUGGAAUGUAUAAGAGACAAGUUGCCAUAAAACACACUUUUGUGCAGGACAGUAGUUUUGCUCAACAUUGUAAUCAUGUACACUUUCUAGCCAUUACAUGUUUUAUAUGGUACAGUGUAAAGUGUUGGGUCUAAUCUAAAGUGUUUUUGUUCAGCAUGUUGAAUACUGAUCAUUUUCAACAUGACAGCUGUGCACACAGCCCAGUGUACUACAUUAACUGUAUGCUUAACAGGAAUGUGAAGGUUGAUACUUAUGUUGGGAAGCAGUCUAGAUAUUGACCCUAAUUGUCUUCCAGACAAGACUUGAGGUCAAAUUAGAUGAUGCAGUGCUAUAAGUAUGUUUUGUGUGUAAUAUAGCUUCAACACUAAAUUAAUUCCUUUGCAUUUUAAAAAGAGAAAUCAGUGUACAUAAGUUAAGUGUUUCUAUCCUGUGAUGUAAGCUGCAGCAUACAAACUUUUUUUUAAGUUCCUUUUUAUUAAUAAAAAGUAGUAUUUGAUCAUCUUUAAAAUUGGCUUGUUAAUAAAGAGCAGUUUAGGGGGUGGGGGAGGAGGAAUGGUGACCAGAGCAUCACAGAAAGUAGCAGCAAAGUAUUUAUCUUGUAUAGAACUGUUUCUGAUCUAAUUUCAAUUUAUGUCCAUUGUUAAAUUAUAAAGUGAAAAGAAAAAGCUGCAAAUGUUGGAGAUUUGAAAUAAAAUGCUCGAAACACUCAGCCAGUUGGUAUCUGUGAUGGGUAAUGAUGUUUCAGGUAUGUACUGUUCACAACAUACUAGUGCAUGGAUAAAAGAUGUUACCAUCCCGUGCUUGGUUUCAUUUGUAUAGUGUUCUUUCACCCCAUCUAACUGUGCAGGGCUUGCAGGUACAUUUGCUGCUGAUGCAGAAAACCACUGAACAGGUGGGAUAGAAGGAGCAUAGUUUAGAAUAUUUUUGGUAUUUUUUUGUAAAUAAAAUUGAUAUGGAUAAUCUGGAGUUUGGAAAAUUGAACUAAAACCUAAAUACUCAGUAAAUACAGGUUCCCUGUUAAACUGGUCCAUGAAUGUAAUACCAGAAAAUCUGAUUUGAAACUUACCACUAAAAUGAUUUUUUUUGCACAUGACCUAUUCUGCUAGUAACCUUUUAAUAAAUCCAAUUGUGUGCCAAAUAUUUAAAUAAAACUUAGUUGCUAAACUAUACUGCAGCUGUGAAGUGCUCUCUUCUCUGCUCUCCCAACCAUAUUUAACCACAGAGGUACUACAUUGUAUGUGUAUAUGUAUUGAUAGCUCACUUUUUUAUUGUGUAUUUUUUUCCUAAUGAAAAUGAAUGAAAUAAACUGACAAGUCUUACUUUAAAGGUUUUACUUUUGAAAUGCAUCAGCAAUACUAAAACCCAAGUGGUACUAUAGCUGAUUUCACUGAACACAAGCUAAUAUUUUAAAAUGCUUUGUCAUAUCAGAGUAGUGAACAACAUUGGUUUAUUGAUUUUGGGGGAUUUUUUUGGUUAAUAAACUGUAUGCAAAGUG